AUGAAUUCUCACGCCCCUAUUAGGAACAGCGCACUUUGGCUCUCUUCAUUCGAUAAACCCCUAGAGCUCGUUUACCUUCCCGUCCCUGAGGCAACGGCAGGCUCAGUUGUCGUCAAGGUCCUCAACACCGUCGUCUUCCCCUACGCCGAAGACAUUCACCAGGGAAGACUACCCGUGUUCAACCUCACCCUCCCAUUGGUGCCGCACCCUAGCCAUAUCGGCCGAGUGCACGCCGUUGGGCCAGACGCUGUCCUUACGAAGCCCGGCGACCUGGUCUUCUUCUCAGCUCCCAUUUCUGCGCGAGACGACCCAGAUGUCGGCAUCAUUCAGGGUCACCAUGGCGGAGAGGGGUCCAGAGGCAUCAAGCUUAUGCAGGGCGAAUGGCGAGAUGGGUCACUUCAGCAGUAUCAGAAGGUCCCGCUUGAGAAUGUCUUCAUCCUGAAUGAGGACCGACUGUGCAACCAGUUUGGCUACACCCCCGCGGACCUUCAUGAGAUAUCGUUCUACACUAUUUCGGCCGGUGCAUUAUGCGAAGCAGCCGAGCUGCGGGCGGGCGAGACAAUUAUCGUUGGCCCUGCCACUGGUACCUUCGGUGGCAUCACGUCCGACUUGGCCCUCGCCCUGGGAGCCAAUGUCAUUGCAAUUGGUCGCAACAAAGACAGCCUUGAGCGUUUAGCGAAACAGCUGGAACACCACGAACGUUUCAGCUACGUCGUCAUGACCGGCGAUGAUGAAGCCGAUGCGGCCGCGAUCCGCAAGGCUAGCCCCGACGGACGCGGUGCCGAGGUAUACAACGACUGGGCAUCGGGCGCUCUGACGGGCUCACCGUAUUUCUCAGCUGCUAUACGCGCCAACCUCAAAAUUAUUGGCAAGGUGAUUGUCUCACGGUUUGGGAUCGAUCUGACCAUCAAGAUGGUCCAAUCGGGGGUUCUCAAGCUCGGGAAGCGUGGAGGGUCGACACACAAGGUAUAUAGUUUAGAAGAUCAUCACGAGGCCUUCCAUCAGGCGAAGACGAAUGGAUUCCGGGUCUACACCAACAUAGCCCCUAACCCUUGGUGGGGACCCGGCAUUCGCGGUGGGGCAGUUGACGGCUACGUUGAGUUGGGUUAUGUUGAGUUGCCACCGGGAGCCGCCAAGAAUGCCGGCUUCGCCUUUGAGCUUUUCCAGUUGGCAUUUUCCAGGAUCGAAAUGGCGUGUGUCGACUGCUACAGGGGGCAUGACCAUCCCGGCCCCGCUAGUGGGCGAGAGAUCAAGCUCCACGGCUACGAUGUCUACGUUACAGAGCCGCAAGCCGAAGGACGUACAGCGAAGGAGCUGAUCGUUGUCCUUUCUGACAUCUUUGGAUGGAACACAACCAAUCUGCGCAGACUGGCCGAUUCAUACGCUGAGCGGACUGGCUGCAAGGUGUACAUCCCAGACUUCAUGCAUGGAACUGCCGCACCUCCGUCGAUAAAGAAGGUUAUUGACAGGAUUCUCAAUGAACGGGGUCUAUGGGGGUGGCUAGUAAAACCGUGGUUGGUUUUGAAAGCCCUAGUCGUCUUCUUGCCCUGCACGAUUCGGAACAACGUCGAGAAGCGCUACCCUGGCAUCCGAAACUUUUUAGACGACUUGCGCUGCAACGAAGGGGCAAAUUCCAAAAUCGGCGUUGUGGGCUUCUGUUGGGGAGCAUACAGCGCCACACGGCUAGCUCACGGUGACUUGGCGCGCAAUGGCAAGACCCUCAUCGAUGCGGCUUACACUGCCCAUCCGAGUAAGAUAAAAGUUCCCCAAGAUAUCGAAGAAAUCAGACUCCCCUACAGCAUGUGCAUUGGCGAUAUCGACUUUGCUAUGCCUCUACCCAAGGUUCAGCAAGCGGCGAGGUGGUGA